AUGCAGCAGUGGCAAGUCGGCCCCGUGCCGGAGUACAUCUACUCCAACUCCACCCACCAGCCUAGCGACAUGCAUCCUCAACACCCCUAUCAGCAGGACAUGUCUCGUCGGGACCAGCACCCACAGUUCCAAUACGGAGCGCCGCCUCAUCAGAGCCCGGCACCUCAGCAUCACCAGCCCACCCCGGUGCAGCCUCCGAUGACUGUGCCCCAGCCGCCUCAGCCUCCGCAGGCCCAACCUCACCCUCAGCAGCAGCAACAGCACCACCAGCAGCAGCAGCAGCAUCACCAGCAGCAACAGCAGCAGCAUGCGGUACAGCCCCCGCCCCAGCCGGCGCCGCAACCCCAGAGGAACCGCAAGCGUCCGGCUCCGGCCCCGGCUCAACAGGCCCCGCCGGUCGUCACUAGCGCCCCUCCCAUGCCGCCUGCUCCCGUAGCGCCCACCGCCACACCCAUCCCGCCACCCCAGAUCAACCCUCCGGUUGCUGCUCCCCCUCCUCAGGCUCAACCCGCCUCAACGGAAGACGCCAACGCUCAGGCUCCUCAACCUCCCCCGGCCAAGAAGAGCCGCACAAAUACCCCCUGGACCCCGGCCGAAGAGCUUCGCCUGAAGCAGAUGAGAGAUGCCGGCAGCAGCUGGGCUGAGAUUGCCAAGACUUUCCCUACUCGCACUGAGGGUAGUGUGAAGAAGCACUGGUACAAGGACAUGCACUACGCAGAGUUCGCGGAAGACGAGAGCCAAGCACUCCUUAAUGCCAUCAAGGAGUACGAAAACAACAAGUGGAAGGUCAUCGGGCAAAAGGUCGGCAAGCCCGCCAAGGCUUGCGAACAGUACGCCAAGGAGCACUUUCCCGACCUCUACGCCAAGCCGACCAACCGGUAG